AUGUCACCAAGCUUACGUCUCCUGAAGAACGUCGCCAUGACUACUUACGCAGAAGACAUCACUAGGACGUUCUCGAUGAACGUCUCCAGAGGGCAUCACCAGCACUACGUCCCCCGGAGAUCACCAGAACAGUCCCCAAAUGUUCAACAUUUCGUCCUCUGGAGGUCUCCACCACUACGACGUCCUCUGGAGGAGGAGGUGGUGGUCACCAGUACUACCACUCCUGCAGGACGUCCCCUGGAGGUGGUCGAGGUCACUAGCACUACCAGUCCCACAGGACGUCCCCUGGAGGAGGUCACCAACACUGCCACGCCUGCAGGACGUCCCCUGGAGGAGGUCACCAGCACUACCACUCCUACAGGACGUCCUCUGAAGGUCACUAGCACUACCGCUCCUACAGGACGUCCCCUGGAGGAGGUCACUACCACUCCUACAGGACGUCCUCUGAAGGUCACCAGCACUACCACUCCUGCAGGACGUCCCCUGGAGGAGGUCACUAGCAUUACCACUCCUACAGGACGUCCCCUGGAGGAGGAGGAGGCCUCUGGAGGUGGUCACCAGCACUACCACUCCCACGGGACGUCCCCUGGAGGAGGACACCAGCACUACCAGUUCCACAGGACGUCCCCUGGAGGAUGA